AUGAUGGAGGAGUUCGAGCAUGUCACUGUGUCGAAGGAGGUGCAGCUGAAAUCCGAAGGAACUGUCAGUGGUUUGCAGAAUUAUUUAGCAUUUGGGACUAUUCAUAAUUACGGCGAAGAGGUGUUGGUGCGUGGUCGGUUAUUCAUCGUCGAGGUGAUCGAGGUGGUGCCGGAGCCGGACCAGCCGCUAACGAAGCAUCGCAUGAAAAUUCUGUAUUCGAAGGAACAGAAAGGACCGGUGACCAGCCUAUGCUCGAUCCAAGGAUACCUGCUGACCGGUAUGGGUCAAAAAGUAUACAUCUGGUCGUUCAAGGAUAACGACCUGGUCGGUAUAUCGUUCCUCGACCUGCAGAUCUACAUCCACCAGAUGAUAUCUGUGCGCAACCUGGCGCUGGUUGGCGACGUGUUCCGCGGCAUUUCGCUACUUAGGUACCAGGAGAACUGCAAGGCGCUGUCGCUGGCCAGUCGAGACGCACGCCAACUGGAAGUUCUGGCGCUGGAGUUCGUCGUCGACAACAGUCAACUCGGAUUCCUCGCCUCAGACGCAGACUGCAACCUGUACAUUUACGUUUACCAUCCAGAAGCAAAGGAAAGUCUCGGCGGACAACGCCUGAUUCGUAGGGCAGACAUCAACAUCGGCAGUCGCGUAAACGCUUUCGUGCGCCUCAGGUGCCACGUCGGCGACCCGAUCAUCGAACGGAAGCUCGAGGCAGCCAACAGGUUUGUACCUACAAGUUUUUUUGGUGCCGGAGCCAGAUGCUUUAAAAUUGAAAUAACGCGGGUUCUACAGAUACAGUGCGGGUGCCAAUUAUAG